UAAAGUUAUCUAAUAUUUGGGAAUUUUUUAUACACUGAACUUAGAAAACACAAAUAGGUGCCUUAAAUAUCUUACCAUUGAAUCAUCUGCUCAACCAACAACAUGGAUAGGAAUGAAGACGAUGGAGCAUCAGGCUCUGAAUCGCAUUCACAGAGCUCAGAUCAAAGCAGUGCUGACCUAGAAAUUAGAAAUCAUGAUUGUCGUGUGGUAGGUUCUGCAACAUUACUGCAAACCGAACAAAGUAUCACGGCUAGUAUUGCUACUUCAAAUGUUCACAUGGCUUCACGUGAAACAACGAUAACUAAAGGGCAAGUAGCAACCACAAUUUUUGAAGGCCCUGUCACCAUCAAAGUAGAAAAUACAGAUGCAGCUUCUUCCCAACCUUCUACAUCAUCAAUCCCAACUGGAAAACCUGCUCAGCCAUUGUCAGAUACUGGCACAGCAAUUGCUCCUGUGUAUAAAGGAAAUUCACCAGGCGUUAUCCGGCAAGCUAUUGGGAAACUUUUCGGAGGUUUAAUUGUGAGAAGAUUUAUUGAUUAUUUCAAUGGGAGAACAGGGAAGCAAACAGAAGUCAAUGUUACAGAAAGCUACAAGGAUCACGACUUGGAAGAACCUGAAUUUGAGGUAAAUCCCAAGUUAAACAAAGUGACUGGUUUUUACAGUGGCCAGAUUGCACCUGAUAUCACAGAGUACAGGAGAGAACAAGAAUUCGCUGUCACAAAUACGAACGAAAACAUUGGCAAAGUGGAAGUGAUCUCACCAAAAAAUUUAGUCAAACAGCUCUGUGGGGAAGGUUGCCGAUGCGUGGGACUUGUAGGGCAAGCCGGAGGUGGCAAGACGACAACGAUGAAACGUACUGCACAAGGCGUUCUUGUCGCUAAUGGACUGGAUAACGAAUCUAACGCAAAAAUGGGAUUGUUCGCUAGGUUGUUCAGGGAACAAAAAAGUAGAUUCAAGUUCGUGCAUUACUUGAAUUUUAGAGACCUUUAUGUUUCCCGUGGUUUAACACCAGAAGAUGCUUUGGAUCCAUGUGAACUGCUUUUCGGAAAAUUUGCACCCAUAUCAGAUAUAUAUGAUCAAACUGUGAGAGUGGGAUAUACAUGGCUUCAGGAACACCAAUCAGAGGCAAUUUUUUUUAUUGAUGGCCUGGAUCAGGCUACAUGGAAUCUAGAGGGAAAUUAUAACAAUAUGAAAUAUACUGAUAAGUCAAGUACAGCCACAAUUAUAUAUAACCUCUUAUCUGGCAAUUUGUUCCCCAAUAUAAGAUUAGUUAUUUCUUCACGUGAACACGGGAUGGCAUCCCUUCCUUUAAAGCUGCGACCUCAAUUAUUUAUUGCUCUUGCUGGCCUUGAACGGAAUGACGCCAAAAAACUAUUUACUGCUAUUGUAGGUAAAACAGGGGAAGAAUCCUGGAAUAAGAUGACAUUGCAGUCACCUACACUUGUGCCAUUAUCUUCGGUCCCCUUAUUCUUGAUUUUCAACGCGAUCGUUCAUAAAUCCAAUCCAAAGAAUCUACCUGAUACAAUGACUGAUGUAAUGACACAAGUGCUAGAUAUCUUUAUGCAUUCCUCACACACUCAAGAGAAAAGUAUUAUAACUGUUCUUCACAAUUUGAUGAGAAUGUCCUUUGAAGGCACUAACGAAAAGCGAGUCAUUUUUAACAAUGACGAUCUGGAGAAUGCAGAACUUACUAAACAAAUGAUACGCGAUCUAAUCAUAGAAGUACCUGGACGCGGUACACCGGUGAAUCAACGUCUUUUGGAAGGAGACACUCUGAUGUUCUUCAGUCAUCAAAUCCUCCAAGAAUUUUUAUCUGCUCUGUACAUUGCCAACAUCAUGGACUUGGCAACUUUCAAAGCAUUCGUCACUAACGAGAUCCACAAAGAUCACUGGUCUGUUGUUCUACGACUCCUGUGUGGUACUCUUUUCAAUCAAAAAAUUAAAAAAAUCAUUAAAGAUCAGACAGCUGGGGCCAGGCGAGAAAAGCAAAAUUGUCUCAAACGUGCACUCACAACUAUGAUAAAUCAAUGUACGAGAUCCUAUCAGAAGUUGGAGUUAUUUGCUGCAUUAUAUGAAUCGAAUGAUGCCGACCUCAUUCGAUCACAUAUUCACGAAAUCAACUUCGAAGACGAGUCUUUCACUGCGGCAGGGAUGUGCGCAAUGUCAUCUGUCAUGCGACGCUGUGACCGUCUUGAACAAGUUCGCCUCGUCAAUUGUGAGCUCAACGCAGAAUUGUUAGAAAACUUUGACUUCAACUUGAGAGGUCCUAAAAUGCAGGUGUCGAAAUUUGAUAUCAGCUUAAAUCCUAUGUCCGUUGAAGCUUUUGAUGUCUUUGGUUCAGUUUUAACAAACAUUGUAGUGGAAAAACUCGUUAUGCAUGGCUGUUCACUUACAGAAGAAAAGAUUCGUGUGCUUGGACGUCCAGCCCAUACACAGAUCCACGUUCUGGAUGUUCGAAAUAUCACAAACAUGACGUUUGAACUGUAUCUUGCCAUUGUCAAGUUUGCAUCUGAACACGAUGUCAAAGAACUUUUGAUGGAUCCUUGGGAUUGCUUCAAGGCAAGCAAAGAGCAGCUGUUGGAACUGGGUAAAUGGAAAGUUCGCGGGAAGAUCUCCGUUCUGGAUGUUAGAAAUAAUACAAAUAUGACGUUUGAUCUGUACCAUGCAAUUGUUGAGUUUGCAUCUGAACAUGGUGUCAAAGAACUUUUGAUGGAUCCUUGGGACUGCUUUAAGGCAAGCGAAUAUCAGCUGCUGGAACUGAAUAAAUGGAAUAUUUGUGGAAAGAUCAAUGUUUUGGAUGUUCAAUUCAUCAGCCCAAUGCCAUGUGAUCUAUUUCUUACAAUAUCUGAGUUUGCAAGUCGAAAUGGAGUCAAGAAAAUUCUAAUGAAUUCGUUAGAUUUAUCCAAAGCAAAUAAAGAGCAGAUAAAGAAAUUAAGCGAUUACAAAUUUUGUGGCGAGAUAUCCACCGUUGAUAUCAGUCAAAACCCAAUGGACGAAGAAUCUUUUGUUGCUUUAAGUGAUUUUUUAUCAAAGUAUGAAGUUGACGAAAUCAUUGCAAUAAAUUGCCGACUAACGAAAGCAAAACUUGAUGCUCUCGGAAGUCAUUCUGGAUUAAAGUUAUCUAGGUUUAAUAUCAGUGAAAAUCCAAUGGAUGAAAUAGGCUUCAAUGCUCUUGGUUCUGUUUUGUCAACAAAGAUUAAAGUUCUUCGCCUUGAAAUGCAAAAUUGCCAACUCACAAAAGAAAAAGUAGACGCUCUCGGGCGUCACUCAGGGUUACAGAUUUGCACUCUGGAUAUUCGAUUCAUAACUGGAAUGACGUUCGACCUAUUUCUUGCAAUAUCUAAGUUUGCAAGUAAAAAUGAGGUCAAAGAACUUCUGAUGGACCCAUGGAAAAAGUUCAAAGCAACGAAAGAUCAAAUAUUUGAAUUAAGUAAAUGGAAAGUCUGUGGAAAGUUGGAUGAACUAGAUGUCAGUUCGAACAAGAAUUUUGGCACUGCUGGUUUUAGUAAAGUUGGAUUAGUUGUUUCACAAUGUCGUGUGGAGGCACUCAAAGCUAAGAGUUGCAAUCUGACAGCCAAAGAAAUGAAAUCAUUCAAGGAAAACACUCGUAAUGCCAAGUUGGAUACACUAGAUAUCAGUGAGAACAACAAUCUUGGCACUUCUGGUUUUGGUGAAGUUGGAUCUGUUGUUUUACAAUGUCAAGUGAAGAUACUUUUUGCUCGUGCUUGUAAUCUGGAGGCAGAAGGAAUAAAAGCAUUCAAAGGAAACACUCACAAUACCAAGUUGGAUACACUAGAUAUAAGUAAAAACGAGAAUCUUGGAACUUAUGGAUUUGUUGAAGUUGGAAUAGUUGUUUCGCAAUGUCAGGUGAAGACAUUUAUUGUUCGAUAUUGCAAUUUGACGGCAGAAGAAAUAAAAGUAUUCAAGGAAAACACUUGUAAUGCCAAGUUGGAUAUACUAGAUAUCAGAGGAAACGAUAGUAUUGGUACUUCGGGUUUUGGUGAAAUUGGAGCAGUAGUUUCUAAAUGUCGGGUGAAGGAAUUUGGGGCUUGGAAGUGCAAUCUGGAGGCAGACGGAAUGAAAGCAUUCAAGAAAAACACUUAUAAUGCUAAGAUCAACUGCUUGGAUUUGAGUUUAAACAACAUCAGCAAACUUGGAGAUGAAGGAUUAUCUACAAUCAGUGAAAUUGUUCACCAAUGCAAUGUUGAAAUAUUAAGAAUGGAAUCUUGCGACUUCAACAAGGAACAGUUGGAAAGAUUCAAAGCACUGAUCGCUGCUACUACUGGGGUUGCGUUUCAUCACUAGUAACAGAUUCGAGAAUGAUUUUAUUGGAUUAAUUAUUCAAAAAUUAUAUCAGUUCCAUAUUUCUUCUUUAUUUCUUUUGUCUAUUCAAUUACACUGUAACAUAAAUUCCGGAUAACCAUUUACUUUUUGUUUUCAAAAAUAUUCAACAAAUUUGUUUUAUUCAUUUUUCUUAAUGCUGUUACUAAUCUUUAGCAAGUUAUGUAUCAUGUUUUACGGAAAUGAUAUUUGAUUUUCAUUUGUUUUAUCAAAUAUUUCUAUAGUUCCUUUUAUUUCGAGUAAUAAAUACCAUUGAUUGCUAAACAUAGAAUACUAGUAGCUGGAACCAUCUUUUUUAUUGUCUAGAAGAAUUCUUUGUCUUUCUUUGUUCGGUUUCACACCAUCUAAUUCUGGGGAUUACUAGCGUUAUCUUUCAACUGUGUAAUAUAUCUCACAGCUCUUUUACAAAAAUGAUUAUCUGAAUUUCAUGGAUGCUGUUAUUUUUCGUUCAAUUCACAAAGCGAUUCGAUUGUCACUAUACGAAAACGUGUAAUUGCCAUAUAAAUUAUGGCAUUCUAUGUGCUCUAUCAAGUUACCAAUACAUACAUAGCCUGUUAUAAUUUUUACGCAUUUGUUAACCUUCAACCAUGUAGUAGACGUUUUUUCAGUAUAUAUACAUAUUUCUUCAAUUCUCUAUUUGCAUUCUUAAACUAAUUUGUAUAAUAUUUCAAUAAAUUUAG